UUUCCAAGCCACUAUCAUCUCUUUCUCUCUCUCUCUAGUCUCAACGCAAGGUGCGCUCGUAGUGUUGUACUCUGACCUUCUUUUCGUGGCUAUUUUACUCUCCGGUGACCAAAUAGUUGUUUUCCGGUAAUUUUUUUUCAGUUCUCAUCAUGGUGAGGAAGAGGAGAACGGAACUUCCACAAAGUGGGGGUGAGAGUUCUGAGUCCCAGGGAACUGGUGCUGGUCGGGGUGCUCAGCCCCCAGCUGAGAGGAGCGGUCCUCCUCAACAGGGUGGAGGUGGAGGAGGAUACCAAGGUGGAAGGGGUCCCCAGUCUCAGCAGGUAGGCCGUGGAGGUGGUUAUGGUGGCGGCCGAGGAAGGGGAGGAAUGCAACAACAGCAUUAUGGUGGAGCCCCGGAAUACCAGGGACGGGGGAGAGGGCAACCUCAGCAUGGAGAACGAGGUUAUGGCAGUGGUCGUAGUGGAGGUGGCCGAGGAGGACCCCCUUCAGGCGGACCAUUUAGAGCACCAGCACCCGAGCUGCACCAAGCUACUCCAGCUCCUUAUCCAGCUGGGAUGACCCCUCAGCCCAAGCCAUCUGAGGCACGUUCUUCAAUGCCCAUGCUGUCUGAGGCAAGUUCUUCAAUGCAACCACUAGAGCCAUCACCAGCGGCUGUGUCACAGCAGAUGCAACAACUAUCAAUCCGGCAAGAAGGCUCUUCUAGCCAGGCAACUCAGCCACCGCCAGCCUCAAGUAAAUCAAUGAGGUUCCCUCUUCGGCCUGGGAAGGGAAGCACUGGCAUAAGGUGUAUUGUAAAGGCUAAUCACUUUUUUGCUGAGCUACCAGACAAGGAUUUGCACCAGUAUGAUGUUAGCAUUACACCGGAGGUCACAUCAAGGGGUGUCAAUCGAGCUGUAAUGGCACAACUGGUUAAAUUGUACCAAGAAUCUCAUCUCGGAAAGCGUCUUCCUGCAUAUGAUGGACGUAAGAGUCUUUAUACUGCUGGGGCUCUUCCUUUUCAAUCCAAGGACUUCAAAAUCAUCCUCAUCGACGAGGAUGAUGGAACAGGUGGACAAAGGAGAGAGAGGGAAUUCAAAGUUGUCAUCAAAUUUGCUGCUCGUGCUGAUCUGCACCAUCUAGGACUCUUUUUGCAGGGAAAGCAAGCUGAUGCACCUCAGGAAGCCCUUCAAGUCCUUGAUAUAGUGCUGCGUGAAUUGCCAACUGCUAGGUACUGCCCGGUUAGUCGAUCAUUUUAUUCCCCUGAUCUAGGAAGGAGACAGUCUCUUGGUGAGGGCUUGGAGAGUUGGCGUGGUUUCUAUCAAAGUAUUCGUCCUACACAGAUGGGACUCUCACUCAAUAUUGAUAUGUCCUCAACUGCAUUCAUUGAGCCACUACCAGUUAUUGAUUUUGUGACUCAACUAUUGAAUCGAGAUGUUUCCUCCAGACCUUUGUCUGAUUCUGAUCGUAUAAAGAUUAAAAAGGCUCUCAGAGGUGUCAGAGUUGAAGUUACACACCGUGGAAAUAUGCGCAGAAAGUAUCGUAUAUCUGGUUUAACAUCACAGGCAACACGGGAGCUGACUUUCCCGGUUGAUGAAAGAGGAACAUUGAAAUCUGUUGUGGAGUAUUUUUAUGAAACCUAUGGCUUUGUAAUUCAACAUACUCAAUGGCCUUGUCUACAAGUGGGAAAUCAACAGAGACCUAACUAUUUGCCUAUGGAGGUUUGUAAGAUUGUUGAGGGUCAGAGGUACUCCAAAAGAUUGAAUGAAAGACAGAUCACUGCGUUGUUGAAGGUGACUUGCCAACGUCCUCAAGAAAGGGAACGAGAUAUCAUGCAGACGGUUUAUCACAAUGCAUAUCACAACGAUCCUUACGCGAAGGAGUUUGGUAUAAGAAUUAGCGAGAAGCUUGCUUCAGUUGAAGCUCGCAUUCUGCCUCCUCCAUGGCUCAAGUAUCAUGAUACAGGCAGGGAGAAAGAUUGUCUUCCUCAAGUUGGGCAGUGGAACAUGAUGAAUAAGAAAAUGGUUAAUGGAGGCAGAGUCAAUAAUUGGAUCUGCAUCAAUUUUUCAAGGACUGUCCAGGACAGUGUGGCCCGAGGAUUUUGCUAUGAGCUUGCACAAAUGUGCCACAUUUCUGGCAUGGACUUUGCUCUUGAGCCAUUGCUUCCUCCUGUUGGUGCUCGUCCUGAGCAAGUAGAAAGGGUUUUGAAAACUCGAUACCAUGAUGCAAUGACAAAACUCCAGCCACAUAGCAAGGAACUUGACUUGCUCAUUGUGAUUCUCCCGGAUAACAAUGGUUCUCUUUACGGUGAUUUGAAGCGAAUUUGCGAGACAGAUCUUGGGCUUGUUUCUCAGUGCUGCUUGACAAAGCAUGUAUUCAAAAUGAGCAAGCAAUAUCUGGCCAAUGUGGCUCUGAAGAUAAAUGUGAAGGUUGGAGGAAGGAAUACUGUUCUUGUUGAUGCAUUAUCAAGACGUAUUCCUCUAGUCAGUGACCGACCUACUAUUAUUUUUGGUGCUGACGUUACUCAUCCUCAUCCUGGGGAGGACUCAAGCCCAUCCAUUGCAGCUGUUGUGGCUUCUCAAGAUUGGCCAGAGGUUACUAAGUAUGCUGGCCUGGUUUGUGCUCAAGCCCAUCGCCAAGAGCUUAUCCAAGAUUUAUAUAAAACAUGGCAGGAUCCUGUACGAGGGACUGUGUCUGGUGGCAUGAUCAAGGAACUUCUCAUAUCUUUCCGGAGAGCCACAGGGCAGAAGCCUCAGAGGAUUAUAUUCUACAGAGAUGGUGUCAGUGAAGGGCAGUUCUAUCAAGUUUUGUUGCACGAACUUGAUGCUAUUCGUAAGGCAUGUGCUUCUUUAGAGCCCAACUACCAGCCUCCAGUGACAUUUGUUGUGGUUCAGAAGCGUCAUCACACAAGGCUGUUUGCAAAUGAUCACCGUGACCGUAAUGCUGUUGACCGGAGCGGGAAUAUAUUGCCUGGUACUGUCGUGGACUCAAAAAUUUGUCACCCAACAGAGUUCGACUUCUAUUUGUGUAGUCAUGCUGGGAUUCAGGGUACAAGCCGUCCAGCUCAUUACCAUGUACUUUGGGAUGAGAACAAGUUCACUGCUGAUGGGUUGCAGUCUCUUACAAACAAUCUUUGCUACACAUAUGCAAGAUGCACGCGUUCUGUUUCCAUUGUGCCACCUGCAUACUACGCACAUCUGGCUGCAUUCCGAGCUCGUUUCUACAUGGAACCGGAGACAUCAGACAGCGGAUCACUUACAAGUGGCAUGGCUGCUGGACGAGGAGGUGGAGGAGCAGGUGGUCGAGCCACACGUGGACCUGCUGCCAAUGCUGCUGUGAGGCCCCUGCCUGCCUUGAAGGAGAAUGUCAAGCGGGUUAUGUUCUACUGUUAGGAUUCGAGACAGCCCUGCUUUUGGAUUGUUGUUCAAAUCUCUGGGAGGCCCCUGCUUACCCUUACAUGCAAUAUCAAGCUGGUUGUGUCAGCGUUGGGUGUAUAUUUAAUUUACAUGUUCAAAACUGCUGCUUUUUUCGCUUUCUUCAAACUUUGUGUGACAAUGAAUGUCUUGAAUUCCAAGACUCUUAAAGUUGCUGUCUUUUUUA